CCGUUUAAUGGAGUCGAGUAGAUCCUGCUACAAUGAAGCUCUUUGAGUUCUUUGGAUUGUUCAGGCAUAGAUAGUCGGUGGGAAACAAGAUCUUGCCCAAUGCAACAGUGCGAGACCUUCCUACAUCUUGCACUUUUUUGAAGUACCAGGUGAAACCGCGAAUUCCGGAUCGCUCUUACUCUUUUUCAUUCACUUUCCUCUUUACAUAGUGUCACUCCGAUAGGAGUGGCGAUGCUAGAGGAUAAAACGGGCCAAAGUUCGUCGCUUCACCACACUUCUAGGAUUAAGCUUAUUGUAGUACAAGAGAAAAGGCUUACUGCGUUGGUGCUAAGCUCGAAAGCAAGAUCAAUAAAAUAGUUGCCCUGGUUUAACACCGGGGUCGGCGCUCCGGGUGACAUGGAUGAAAAUGGAACUGGUCACCGGAAAACAUCUGAAAGGGAUGAUGCCAGGGAGGCUUGCAAAGGCUGUUUUGUCCACAGUAGCUCAGGAGACAGUCUUGGGAAGGUUCAGCAACCAACUGAAAUGAGGAGAAAUGAAAAAUAUACACCACUGCCCAUCAAAGAAAAAAGGGUGGACAUUAUUAAUAUAAAGGGAAUUGAAGAUAUUGGAUAUGUCCAGCAGGAUUCCAUGAUUUUAAAUUCUCUCUGCCCAGAGGACGACACUCAAUGUGGACAAGGCUUGUACUUCCAUGAUGGGAAGAGAAAGGUGGAUUAUAUUCUCACUUACCACAUUAAAAAGCCUAGUGGCUCCAAGAAAUACUCGAGUCGGUUCAGCGAGAAUGCCUUGGCUCGCAGCAUCCGAAGGAGUCGGCACCAUCCUUCAAAGAAAGACCCGGAGAUAGCAGCACAGGACCUCAGCAUGGAUUACCAUGAGGACGACAAGCGGUUCCGCAGGGAAGAGUUUGAAGGCAACCUGACAGAGAUGGGCCUGGAACUGGAGAGGGAUGAAGAUACCAAAACCCCUGGAGUAGGGUUUGUGAAAAUUCAUGCUCCCUGGAACGUACUCUGUCGAGAAGCAGAAUUUAUGAAGAUCAAAAUGCCAACCAAAAAGGUAUAUGAAGUUAAGCAGGGCAGCAACCUGGUGGAAAAGAUUAAUGCGUUUAUUAAUAAAGUAACAGAACCGCUCCAUCCUAACGUAGAGGAGAAUAGGAUAACUACUGUGAAGCACCUUUCAUACCCAUUUUCAAGAGAAAAACAACACUUGUUUGAUUUAUCAGAUAAAGACUCCUUUUUCGACAGUAAAACAAGAAGCUCAAUAGUCUAUGAAAUACUGAAGCGUACAAAAUGCACAAAAGCCAAAUACAGCAUGGGGAUGACCAGUCUCCUUGCUAAUGGAGUUUAUACAGCAGCCUAUCCCUUACAUGAUGGAGACACAAAUGGUGAAAACAGAGCACCCAAUGACAGAAAGCUGCUGUAUGAGGAGUGGGCAAGCUACAGUGUCUUCUAUAAGUAUCAGCCUAUUGAUCUUAUCAGAAAAUACUUUGGGGAAAAGAUCGGACUGUACUUCGCCUGGUUGGGGGUUUAUACCCAGAUGCUGAUCCCGGCCUCCAUUAUUGGAAUAAUUGUCUUCCUUUAUGGCUGUGCCACUGUGGAUGAUGACAUUCCCAGCAUGGAAAUGUGUGACAAAAGGAACAACAUCACCAUGUGCCCCCUCUGCGACAAAGUCUGUGGCUACUGGAAGCUGAGUACAGGGUGCGCCACUGCUCGGGCCAGCCAUCUCUUCGAUAACCCUGCCACGGUCUUCUUCUCCAUCUUCAUGGCACUGUGGGCCACCAUGUUCAUGGAGCACUGGAAAAGAAGGCAAAUGAGGCUGAAUUACAAAUGGGAUCUGACUGGCUUUGAAGAAGAAGAGGAAGCAGUAAAGGACCACCCAAGAGCAGAGUAUGAGUUCAGAGUGAUGCAGAAAACACUGAAAAAGGAGGGCAAAUUUAAGAAAAAACCCCCAGAGGUAAUGGAAGAGCGAACAAACAAAUGGAAACAAACUGUUCAAACUGCCAUGGGUGGCGUCAAGCUGACAGAAAAAGAGAAACUGACUUGUAGGGACAGAAUGCCUGCUUAUGUCACAAAUCUCGUCAUGAUGUUGUUAAUGAUAGGUGUGACUUUUGCCAUUGUGUUUGGAGUAAUUCUGUACAGGGUAUCCACAAAGGCAGCACUGGCUAUGAGCUCCAACCCCGUCACCAGGUCCAACGUGAGGCUCACUGUAAAAGCCACGGCCGCCAUCAUUAACCUGGUGAUCAUCCUGAUUCUGGAUGAGGUGUAUGGUGCCAUUGCACGAUGGCUCACCUUGUUGGAGGUUCCAAAGACUGACAAAAGUUUUGAGGAGCGAUUAAUCUUCAAGACAUUUAUAUUAAAGUUUGUGAAUGCCUUCACUCCCAUUAUAUAUAUUGCCUUCUUCAGAGGCAGGCUCGUUGGCCGUCCAGGGAAUUAUGUGUACGCCUUUAAAUCUUUUCGGAUGGAAGAGUGUGCACACGGAGGCUGUCUUAUGGAGCUGUGUAUUCAACUGAGUAUCACCAUGUUGGGAAAACAGCUGAUCCAGAACAACCUCUUUGAGAUUGGCAUCCCCAAACUGAAGAAGCUGAUAAGAUACAUCAAGUCAAAGAGGCGUCCUUUCCAGGAGGAGGAACGGGAGAAGAAGUUGCAACAUUAUGAGACGGACUACUUUUUAGAUCCUUUUGCAGGACUGACUCCAGAGUACAUGGAAAUGAUUAUACAGUUUGGAUUUGUUACCCUGUUUGUGGCUUCAUUUCCACUGGCGCCGCUGUUUGCUCUGUUAAAUAACAUCAUAGAAAUCCGCCUGGAUGCAAAGAAAUUUGUCACUGAGCUCAGGAGGCCCAUAGCUGCAAGAGCAAAGGAUAUUGGUAUCUGGUACAACAUUCUUAGAGGCAUUGGAAAAAUAGCAGUCAUCAUUAAUGCAUUUGUGAUAUCAUUUACAUCCGACUUCAUUCCACGCCUGGUGUACCAGUACAUGUACAGUCCAGACGGGUCAAUGCAUGGCUUCGUCAACCAUACUCUGUCCUACUUCAAUGUCAGUCACUUCCAAGAGGGAACUGAGCCUCACAUCCCCUCGAACCUGGGCUACAAAGUGGAAAUAUGCAGAUACAAAGACUACAGGGAGCCUCCAUGGUCCCCUAGUGCAUAUGACAUCUCCAAAGAAUUCUGGGCUGUGCUGGCAGCUCGGCUGGCAUUUGUAAUUGUCUUCCAGAACGUGGUGAUGUUCAUGAGUGACUUUGUGGACUGGCUGAUCCCAGACAUUCCAAAGGAUAUCAGCCAGCAGAUCCAUAAGGAAAAGAUUCUGAUGGUGGAGCUCUUCAUGAAAGAGGAACAAGGCAAGCUGAACAUGCUGGAGAGCCUCGUGGGAAGAGGCAAAGAUCCCAAGGGCAUGGAGAACUGUAACAGCCACAGUCCCAGCCCACAGGCCCAUGAGCUCAAAGGAAGUGCUGUUUCAUUGAAUGCACAAAAUGUGGACAUGUAAGGAUAUCUUCAGGGAAAAGAACACAUAGCAUCAAACAUGGAAAAGAUUGUUUUUUCUCAUCUGGGCAUUCCACAGGAUUAUAGGUACUUGAGAAUACAGGGUGGCAAACUUCAUGAUAUGUCAGUUUUUCCGGUAUGUUUCUGUCAGUCUCAGUUCGGUCACUGCUCACCAAAUGCAGGGAUCCUACUAAUAUGAAGGACCACAUUCCGAACAGAGAAAGAUGUUUGUUUUUCUUUCGCACAAAAAUUCAAAGCAGGGAAAUAUUGUUAAUAAGGAUUUAGUCCAAAUGUUUUGGAUAUAUUAGAUAGUUGCACUUCACAGAACACAUCAAACCCUGAUUUAGAGUUGUUUUUCUUACAAUGUUGAUUGCAGAACACACACAUUGCACUUCCCUUUAAUAAAACCUCAUUUUAACGUGUGUUUUCAGGUUUCAUAAUUGGGAAAGCAAAAUCUAUAAAAGAUUCAGCAGAUUUCUAAGUCACAAAUACAUCAAAUCCUACUGAUAAAAUGUUCGUGAUGACUAAAAUGAAAACAGCCCAAAUAGUUUUUCUGCAAAUUAUUAGAAUUUGGCCCACUAAAUGCCUGAACUUACUUUUCCACUUUUGUCUAUUAAUACACACUUUACAGUUCUAAAAUGUCUGCCAUUAAGGUGUAUUUAUGUAUUGACAUACUCAAUGUAAAAGCUACCAAACAUUUCAAAUAGCAAUACUUAGGUGUUUGAAGUAAGCCACCCAGAUUCUUAGAACUCAAAUUUCACUUACAUCUUAAUGACCUUGUACAUAAAUAAUGCCUCUUGCGUCAAGAAACACUUCUGGAUUUCAUAUUCCUUGUGCAUUUUUUUAAAUAAGUUAAAUCUGUAAGAUAUAAACCGGAACGCUAAUAGGUUAUUUCACUAUUUUAAGAGAAAGGUGUUGGAUGUAGAAUACUUGACUUUAUGCUGUUUUAUCAAGACAUUCUCAUGUUUAUUAAAUCCUUUUAAGUCUA